AUGGACUUUUUAAACUUUGACUAUGACGAAGAUGAAGAUGAAAAUGGCGAGAUGUCAGAAGCCAGCACAUCUCCAGAGAUACAGUCUCUCACUGAUGCCACUGACAACACAGAACAGAAGGCCAGGGAAGACAGUUCUGACACAGACCUUGAGAUAGAAGAUCCUGAGCGUUCAUUUGCAACCAUAAAGGGUGCAGAGCUGUACACAGAGGCUUGCAAACUGGUGGGAGUGGUUCCUGUCUCAUAUUUCAUUCGGAACAUGGAAGAGCCCAUCAUGAAUCUUAACCAUCAUGGGCUUGGGCCCAAGGGAACUAAAGCUAUUGCCAUUGCCCUGGUUUCAAACACGACCAUCACUCACUUAGAGCUAGAGGAUAAUUGGAUUCUGGGAGAAGGGACCACAUACCUGGUACAGAUGCUGCGUGAGAACUGCUACAUUCAAGAGAUGAAUAUUUCCAACAAUCACCUCAACACAGAUGGAGCUGAAGCUAUCUGCAGGAUGUUCUACUAUAAUAUUUCUAAUGUCCGGGCUGUUCAGCUUGCAGGAAACAACUUCAGGGAAGAGACAGCACUAUAUUUUUCUGAAUCAUUAAUGGUCAAUUAUCGAGUGAUGGAGCUUGACCUCAGUCACAAUGAAUUUGCUGAGAAGGGAGGAGAACAGCUAGGACAGAUGCUGGCAAAUAAUGAAUCACUGGAGAUUCUCAACCUGAGCUGGAAUCAUCUGAGGAUGAAGGGAGCUGUAGCCCUGAGUGCUGGCCUCAGGGCUAAUGGAUCAUUAAAGAUACUUAACCUUGCAUGGAAUGGCUUUGGAAAUGAAGGUGCUCUGGCCCUUGGAGAAGCUCUCAAGGUCAACAUGGUGCUAACUGAACUGGAUAUCAGCAACAAUCACAUCAACAACGAGGGGACUGUAAAGCUGUGCAAGGGCUUAGAAGUUAAUGGAAGCCUUAGAAUCUUGAAGAUGUCUCAUAAUCCCGUGACAGUAGAGGGCGCGAUUGCUCUAGUCACAGCUGUUAGGAAGAAUUCAAAAUCCAGAAUGGAAGAAAUCAACAUCUCAAAUGUGCUGGUGAAUGACAGCUUCAUCAAGCUGCUUGAUUUAGUUUCAGAGAUACGUCCUGAGCUGGAUGUCAUAUACGGAGGAGUUGGAGGCCACAUUGCCAUGAAAACAGAAAGACGUCCAGAUGCUAUGAAAGUGAUUCAGGACUAUGUGGAUACAAACAAGCUGAGACUCUGGGAUUUCUUUAAGAAUAUGGACAAAUAUGGCAACAUGAAGAUUCCUGUGGCAGAGUUUCGGAGAGCUAUGCUCCUGCAAUCAAAGAUUUCCCUCAACCGGGAACAGGUCACAGAACUGGUACGUAAAUUGGACCAUGGCAGGACAGGCUAUGUGGACUACAGUCAUUUUAAAGUUGCGGAACCAGAGCAGGAGCCUAAGGUGGAGGAGGAAUCAGAAGAACUAUAAUCAGGUCCAGCAGUCAGGUCAGCUGGUGAAAGAUGGAAGGAUAAAUCCUGGCAGGAAGCUAAGACAACACACUCUGGUUUGGGGGCUAAGUCCUAGCAACAGAGAAGCUUUUGGAUGGUUAAGGUCUUGACUUUAGAAAAUAAAC